GGCAAGAGUACAGCAAAGCUGUGUCCCGAUGGAGCAGAGAAGAAUAGCAAGUGAGAGCAAACCGUAGAGCAAUGCGUGCCUGCUACAAAAAUGGUUUCGUUUUUUUGGAACAAAGCAAGAUGAGCCAUGCUGCCAUUAGCAUUAUCACGGCUCCCAAAAACACUUAAAAGGAUUUGUUAACGUUCCUCAGGUUGACGUAUUAACGUAAACAAGUUUGUUGUCAGGGUUGGUGAUAGAGCGAUGUCCAUGAUAUUGAAGAUUCUUAUGUGUGGCGAGUAGAGCUAGAGGUAUCGUUCUCGCAACAAAUAUUUUUUCCAAUGUAUUCUUUUGCAAAAAUUUUGAGUAAUCCAAAAUGAGUGACUACGACGCAGACUCGGGCGACGAAGGUGAGCGGAAUAAUGAGCAGAUCAACGCUUUCGAAAACAAGUUUCGAGGUGGUCGUGGCAGUGAUGACUCGUCUGAGGAUGAAAGACGUCCAUGCGGACCGUCCAAACCCUCUCAAGAACCGAAGAAGAAGGUAGCGCAUCAUGCACCAAGUGGAACGAGUAGCUUGUCGGGAGGUGGGUCUUCCACAGGCGUCGCACCAAAACCUUCUUCAAACAAUGAGUACAAAGUAAAAUCCACUCCUGGUGGUCCUGUUAAGGGUAGGUUAAAGGUGCUUUUCUUACCGCUUUUUAUGCCUCUCCUAAGGGAGAAAGGCAUAACAAGCGGGGUAAGCGAGCACCAAAAACCUACCUCUAAUCCUGGCGCUGCAGCUACAGCUUCGGGGACUAAGAGCAAGAAAAGCGCCACUAUAGCUGUCGAUGUCGAGCAGAAGAAAAAGAAUGCUAGUGGCCUUGAUGCAGGUGAACACAAGAACCAAGAGCACGAUGAUGAUUCAGCAUCUUCUUCAACCUCUUCAUCGUCAGAAGAAGACGAUGACAAAGCCCUUGGAACGAAGAAGAAGAUCGCUGCUGACCUCCGUUCCACUCAACAUCGUUUGCAGCUCAAGGAGAGGGAACUGGAAGCACUCAAGGAAGAUACUUAAGGCUCAGAUGAAUAAUUCAUCUUCAUGUUCAUUAUAGGUGGUUCUUUGAAGACUCAGUUUCAUCUAUCUUCGAUUCAUUCUUCUUUCAUCUAUUAUACUCAGUUUCAUCUAUCUUCGAUUCAUUUUGAGAUGAAUAUGAUGAAGCUCAAGUAGGUACUAGAAGAUGUUGUAGAUGCCUUAUUUGAGCAUGAGCUCUAAGAUACGAAGGAAAUGCUGCUCGGCGGAAGCAAUGAAGGAGACUCAUCUAGUACAGUAGGACUCGAUCCCGUCAGUGACUGGAAGCGGAGAUUGUACAACAUGGCACAGAGGUCGAGGCGUCAACAUGUUACGAUAGAAGCGCAGAAAACGAAAAUACAAGAGUUGGAACAAAAGCUUGUCCAGUCUGCCUCAUCAGGUGGCUCUGGGUCGAGUGGAGUCGUGCUGUCGGAAGAACAAAUUAAGAGAUUGACAUAGUCGAAAUAUGGUUUCUAUUCUACAACUGAAGCAACUACACCUGUAACAACUGUACUUCGAAAACUGAAAAUAACCGAGUUACUGACUGAAAUAAGGGAGGUAGCUUUGCCAGAGCUAUUCUUCCCUGUUUUCCGUAGUUACUCGCUUAUUUCAGUUUUUCGAAGUCGCCACAGGUUCAUUCUGGUAGUGGAUGUUUCAUCCUUCCCUCCAUCCUACAAAGAAAUUGUUAACCAAACGCAACAGGAACAGCAACUAGUAAUGCUAAAAAUUUUCCAUCCUUCCUUUAAUCAAAAAAUGCAGAACAACAUGGAGAACCAGGAGUUCCGGCAAAAGUUCCUGUCUACGUCCAACCAGCUACAAGAGACCAGGCGAGAACUGUCAGAGGUGAAAACUCUAGUGGUAAAGAUGAAGAAACUUCUCCUCCGGGAAUUCGGAAGCGAUGAAAGAGUGGAUGCGGAGCUGAAAAAUGUCAAUAAGCUGAACAACAUUGUUAUGGCUCGGAUUGGUUUUGAAUAGGAAGCGGCGAAGGUACUGGUUGCUCGAGGACGAAGAUGGGCCACUCGUAGAUGUUGUACCAGGGUCAGUGCCGUGCACUAUAGUAAUUUGCUUUUGACAGGAUUUAUUUCUCGCAGCUGAAAGUAAAUGACAGGACUGUUCCCGAGAAUAAAACUGAGCCCGACAGAGUCAGACCCAGUUAACCCUUAACGACCUCAGACGACCUCUCAAAUCCUCCAAUUAUUACAAAACCAUUAAGAAACUCAACCGGACGUAACAUCUUCGACAACCAAAAACAUGUGACAAGCACUGACAAGACAAGUGGGCCACACGGGGAGGGAAAGAGAUCGCGCAAAGAUCUGAAGGGCGGGGGUUUCCUGUCACUUGUUCCAAGCGAGUACAACUCGGCGCAGGCUGAAGCGCCAACAUGAAUCCAAUUCGAAAAGAGAAACUGGCGUGGGAGGGUGGGAAAAAGAAACUUUAAUCAAACCACCUUAGCACUUAUUUUCAUACUUCAGCGCUUACCUUGGUGUUCUUGUGAUGCAUGCUGCCCUUUAAGACUACUCACUAAUAAACGAACGAACGACUUAAAUAAACGAUCGGCUUCGAAGUAACGACGACCUUUACUUUCACGAAUUCCUUUUUUUUCCUUCUUUCUCUCGCUCUUGUUUGACGAUAUACUUCUUCGAACGAGAGACGUUACGGUGAGCACUUAUUUUCAAAGUUUAAAGAUUUCUUAUUUUCAAAACUUUUUUUUUCUUGGCUGCUGCUUUGUACAUGUCGCAGCAGCCUAUUCUUUUCAGUCAUCUCCUUCCACCUGGAGAAAUAAACUAUGCAGUAAUAGCAAGCUCUUCCUGCAUUAGUUUACUUCUCAUGUUGAUGAUCGUCGUUAUCUUCUGACUGAAGAUGUUGAUCAUCUAACCUCUUGUUGAUGGUCAUCUUCAUCUCGAACCUCUAACCUCUCGAACCUCCUGUUUUCAGCCCCAGGAUCAGGCGGGGGACCUUCUGCUUCCGGAAGCCUAUCCGGACCUGCACAACAACACGCUUCCGAACUGACGCGCAAUCAAUUAGAAUCUGAGGUGGCAAGGUUGAGACGGGAACUGACCUCAAAGCGAGAGGAUUCUCUAGUACCUCCUACUAAACAAGGUCGUGGACGUGCGAACAGCAAUUCUUCGCAUAGGGACAGCGCAGGAGAGAGUAAGACCUCUGGAGGUGGUACCAGUGCGACUAGGAAUGUUAAGGUCAACAUUUAGUGUCCAUCUAUCUCGGCAUCUUGGUACCCUUUGGCUCCCCUGUAUUCUUCUCAUAAAAUGAUACAAGGGUAGUAAAGGGGUCAAGAUGAGGCGGCCGAGAUGCAAUCUAACAGACUCUAAAAAUGGCAGUACGCCUUCUUCAUCUUCCUCCCAACAGAGGCAGAGUACAACUACCGCGUCAACAAGGGGAGGCCACCAGGAGCAAGAUGGCGCAGCAGAUAUAUUUGAUCAACAUGCUGAUUCUCAAUAUGGUAGUGGAGGAGGGGGUGCAGCAGGUAGUGGAGCUGCCAGCAAUGCUGGCGGUAGGAGUCGGCGCCCUCUUGAGAAGAUCGCUGAGGAAAAGAGGAAGCUGUUAGACUCGUUGCAGAAAGAGAACGCGACACUGCAUGAGGAAUUGGUAGAUUCCAAGUCUCGACAGCGAGCGAAUGUGGGACGGAUCUUUAUGCUUAGAUUGUUGUACGUAGCUACAGUACAACCCGAGAAAAGUUGACCAAAGUCGUUACAGUUAGAAGUAAAUACCUGAUUUCAGCUAUGCAUGUCCUGUGCAUGUUUCUGUAAUUUUUGUAUCAAUUUUUUAAUAGAAAGUUGAGGUACAUGAUGGACCACUAGUACUAUUUGCUUCCAACCAUCUCUGUCUAAGCUCACCUCCCUUGAGGACCAGGUGCAAAAAUUGAAGCAUCAUGUCUCUUUGCUCGUGCAGAAAAGCGACAGGGACGACCAACUGAUACAAGAACUCGGUGCAGGAGGUGCAGGAGGGGGUAGUCCAAGCAAGAUUGUCAAGAAUGCAGGUGCGCCAGCAGUGACUUCUAGUGCAGUUACCUCCACUAAUAUUAAGGUAUCUGGUGCGCCUCGUGGCUCUUCUCAGACGCGGACUUCAGGUGCAGCAGGUGGGUCAUUGCGUGGUGGAGGCAAUGGCGUUGUCGGAUCAUUGCAGAAGGGGGGAAGCGCAACCGGAGGGGCAGCAGCUGCUCAGAUGCACCUGAAUCAGAAGAAACAAGUCGGUGCUGGUGGUGUAGCAACAGCGUCAACUGCAAGCAAUAGAAGAAAGAAUCCGCCAAUUUCAUCAGCUAGUGUUCCGGCCGAAGGUACUUCUGGUGUAGCGCCUUAUCAACAACAAUGCGGGGGUUUCGGAUCGUCGCCUACGAAGCUACAGGAUGCAAACAAGAGUAAAGACAAUGCAGUCAAUGCAGGAGCAGGCGGAGGCGCGACAGCAGUUGCAGAGAGUAUUGCAAUGAAGAACAAGAUCUUUGAUCUUGAACAACAAUUAGCACAACAAGCGGCCUUGAUCUUUCAGAUGAAAGGUGAUCGAGGUUGAGCUUAAGCCUAGUACAGUUAGUUUGGGGACUUCUUAGUCAUGAUGGGUUAUUCAGAUGAAUCAUAUCCCUCUGCGUCUGCUCCACGUUCACCUCUGAACAGACACUUCAUCAGGGAGAAUCUUCGAAUGCAUGAGUCCUGCUCUUGUCAACUUGUUUUGAAGAUACUGGUAGGGAAUAGAAGGGCACUGCGAAGCCAAAUGGG